GAUGGUGUGUGGUUCAAUGCUGCCGCUGCGUAAAUCGUCUCCACUCCGGUUGCGGGUGACUCCCGCUUGCUUCGUACCUUGGUACCGGUGUUGCUCCGUGGCAAACCUUCUUGAAGCGUCCAGAUUCCCUUCGACUACCUGUCAUUACCGCCUUGCUACACUGCGCUUCAUUCGCUCAGCGCAGUCGGGGCAAAUAGAUGGCGGACAUGGACGAUGAGAACCCAUUUCGUGACCCGGCUGGCUCCGGUGUCGAAGACGUGGACCCAAUUAAUGUCUUGACUGUCGACCGCAAUGCAACGCUUACCUUGGGAACCGAUGCUCUAAUCGUACUGGACGAAGGCUUGAAGCAUCGACGGGCAGCGAGCAAUUUGUGCGGUCUACUUCCGCAGCUCUCCAAGACCACACGAGCUGUUCCUUUCUACAACGUGCUAUGGGCGGAAGUUGAUGAUUUCGAGGUCAUCAUCCACUAUGCGCAGCCAACCGGCAAGAAGGCUUGUAAAGUCGCCUACAUCAACUACAAUGUGACAGACAAGAGUCUCCGGACACAUACCAAGAGAUGGGUCGAUGCGCUGAUGGAUCGAGCAUAUCCUGCCCCAACCAAACGGCGGAAGAGGAUCAAAGUGCUCAUCAAUCCGUUCGGUGGUAAAGGCCAAGCGCAGAAGAUCUGGACCAGGGAGGUCGAGCCAUUGUUCGCGGCGGCCAAGUGUGAGGUGGAUGUGGAGAAGACGGCAUAUAGAGGCCAUGCCACGGAGAUUGCUGAGAAGAUUGACCCCAACCAAGUUGACGUCGUGGCUUGCGCAAGUGGCGAUGGACUACCCCAUGAGGUCUUCAACGGCCUGGCGAAGCAGACACAUCCACGACGGGCUUUGCGCAAAGUCGCGGUUACACAAAUACCCUGUGGCAGCGGCAAUGCCAUGUCUAUGAACCUCAACGGGACGGACUCUCCGAGCUUAGCCGCUGUCGCUAUCAUCAAAGGCAUCCGCUCACCUCUAGACUUAGUGGCGAUCACGCAGGGAGGCAAUCGCUUCUACAGUUUCCUGUCGCAAGCGGUCGGCAUCAUCGCUGAGAGUGAUUUGGGCACGGAGUCACUUCGAUGGAUGGGCUCUUUUCGCUUCACAUGGGGCAUUCUGGUACGGAUGCUGGGGAAGACGGUGUAUCCAGCGGAACUGGCGGUUGUGGCCGAAACGGACGACAAGCGCGCGAUUCAUGAGAGCUUCCGGCACGCUGUUGAGGAGCAUCGCGCAGCCAUAUCGAAGGGUGUGCUUCACGAUUCUGACGACGCCUCGCUGUUGGAAGGCGGCGAGACCGAGCUGCCUUCUCUGAAAUAUGGCACUGCCACCGACCCACUCCCGGCCGGUUUCCAGACCCAGGACAAGCCCACGCUGGGUAACUUCUACGUAGGCAACAUGUGUUGGAUGUCACCCGAUGCGCCCUUCUUCGCUACCGCGCUGCCAUCAGACGGCAGAGUCGACAUGAUCAACAUAGACGGUCGAUGCUCCCGAAUCACAGCGCUCAGGAUGCUUACGGAGGUCGAGAAGGGUACCCUUAUGGACUUCCCGGAAGUGCAUUAUCAGAAGGUGUUCGCUUACAGGAUCUCUCCGCGCACUGCACCGACGCCGCCGAAACGGAGACUGCGAGCGAAGAUAGGGCGUUGGUUGGGAGGCGCGGGUAGACAGAAGGAAGGUUUAAUUGCGAUUGAUGGCGAACGCGUGCCUUUCGAGCCGUUUCAGGCCGAAGUGGUGCCGGCAUUGGGCAUGGUGUUGAGCAAGCGUGGCGCUAUGUACGAGUUUGAUGGGCCGAAGAGCACCUGAUGGGAGACAUUUGUGUAGGCGCACACGGAGACGCUUGGGAAGAUACCCCUCCAUAUUCUGAUCUUCUGAUACAGGAGCAUUUGCUAAAUUAUUUCGCUAUUGUACACUAGAGUACUUUGGUCGGC